AUGCCUCCCACUAUUCGCAGUACCUCUGCAGUGCAAAUUCCACCAACUCCAGGAACCCACGAACCGGAUGCAAGAUCUUCGUGUGAUAAAUCCCCACCUGUAAAAACUGCUGUCGUCGAAGACGUGGUAGAUGAUGUCCUAGCAGAAUACAAUGCAGCCCUUGCGGCAGACCCAUCUCUGCGAUCAGCUGCACCAGACCCUGAAUGGGAAGACUAUGAAUCGAUUCUGGCCAAGAACCCUGAACUCAUGGCUCCUGCCGUGGCCGAUAGACCAAAGACGUUCUUCGUAUCCAAAAAUAAAUGGGAAUGCAACCACGAGGGUCCUGAGAUGCCAACUGACAUUGAAAAUGAGACAGCUGCUGACGGCGAAGAUGAGGGGCCUGCUACUCUUGUAAAUGAAUGUCGAGGUUUGUGUCCCAGCUGCCUAGAUCCAAACACCAACCCAGCUCUGAAAAACGAAACCAUCAUCGACGGGAAAGUGUUCUAUAUAUCCAAGAAUAAGUGGGAGUGUGGCCAUGAGGGUGAUGAGACUCGAACGGAUAUUGAGAAAGAUCCCUUGGAUAUCCAAUCUAAUAAACCUUCCGUUCUCAUCAGCGAGGUGAGAGGCAUCUGCCCUACAUGCAUGGACAGGUGGCAUAAGUUGGAAACUAGGGAUGUGGAUGGAGGAGCCGAGGAUGAUGGCCCCGCUUCUUGCCCUAGCAGCCCCCCAACGUACGACGAAGCUUUAGAGGCCGACACCCAAUAUGAUGACCAGAAUGGUGACGAGGAAGAGGCAGAUCGUUUGAUUGCCCACGUCGGGUUGUUGGAUCUAGACGAUGGUCCAACCAAAGGUAGAACUAUUGAGCGUGAUCUUGCUGCAACUGAGGUCGACGGCGUAGACUCCACAACUAGUGGAACGGCGUCUUAA